CCCCAAACACCACCUCUAUAUAUUCAGCCUCGACCCAAUUUCUUUCUCCUCACUCCUUCGAUUCGCAUUUUGCUUCUUCCAAGCUCUCUCUCGGCUUCAGGUUGUUGGGUAGCAGUAGCAGGAAGCAAAUUACAUGGUUGAUCUAGACGUGGAGAUUCCAACAGCUUUCAAUCCGUUUGCGGACGCGAAGGACUCGGAUGCGCCGGGGAACAAGGAGUACGUGCAUGUAAGGGUCCAGCAGAGGAAUGGGAAGAAGUGUCUGACUACAGUUCAAGGGCUGAAGAAAGAUUUCAGCUACGACAAGAUCCUCAAGGACCUGAAGAAGGACUUCUGUUGCAAUGGGAAUGUGGUGCAGGACAAGGAGCUGGGCAAGAUAAUCCAACUCCAAGGCGAUCAGCGCAAGAACGUCUCCCAGUUCCUCGUUCAGGCCGGCCUCGUCAAGAAGGAUCAAAUCAAGAUUCAUGGUUUUUGAUCUGUUUAUGUUAUAUGUCUAUGUCUAUGUUUUGAUGAAUGGUUUUUAAUUAGUUCAUGCAGGCAACUGUACUUGCGUUGUCUAUGGUUUGUUUUUACGUUGUAUUAUUGCCAUGGAAUGUAAUGGCUUCCUCUUAUUAAUCUCAGGAGAUUAUGUUUUGAGUCUACAAGAAUUCUAUUUCUCCCUUA